UGGUGCGUUACGGGCGGGAUAAUGCGUUUAUUGUCGAAUCUCGGCAUUGCUUCCUGCGAAGUCAUUGAUAUAUACUUCUUGCGAAUCUUGGGCUACACCAAAAAUAAUCAGGCUCCUCAAUCAAGUUCAGUCACAAAACGUUUAGUAAACGUGAACAGUCGAAAUGAACAGUUUCUACCACGACCUACCGAAAAUUGAGUUGCAUGCUCAUCUUUCCGGGAGUAUUAGCCCGGCGUUUUUGAAGCGUGAAUCAAUUGCCAAUCAAAAUAUUAAGGAUACUAACCCAACUUUCGAUUUCGAAACAUGGGACGGGGAUAUAGACCGGUGUUUUGAUGCUUUUCAAAAAAUUCACAAAUUGAUUGAAACUCCAGAAAUCUUGGAAAGAGCUACAACUUCUGUUAUUGAAGAAUUUCAUCAGGAGAAUGUUAUUCUUUUGGAGUUGAGGACUACAUUACGACCAAUACCAACUCAUCGUUCUUAUUUGAAUGCAGUAAUCAAAGGAAUACAAAGUGCACCAAGUGUAUUGGAUAAUAAAAUACACGUGAUAUUAUUACUGUCUAUAGACAGAUCUAAAAGUAUCGAUGAGGCGUUAAUCACUUUAGAUUUAGCAAAAGAAUACUAUUCUAAUGGAUUAGUAUCAGGUAUCGAUGUCAGUGGAAAUCCACAAGUAGGAAGUCUAUGUGAUUUCGUUUCAAUCCUUGAUACCGCACGUUCAUAUGGUUUAAAAACAACUGUACAUAUAGCUGAAACGGCUGAUCAUAGUGAAGAUUGGUAUAAAUUUCUUAGCCUUCAUCUACCAGAUCGAUUGGGGCACGGAAUAUUUUUGACCAAUUCAGAUGAGAAUUCUAUUUUAGCAAAAGAAAUCGUUUUAAAAUCUAAAAUACCUUUAGAAUUAUGCUUGACAUCAAAUGUAAAGUCAAAAACUAUUGAAGAUUAUGAAUCGCAUCAUUUAAAUUAUUGGGUGGACAAGAAACAUCCUAUUUGCAUUUGUACUGAUGAUAAAGGACUAUUCAAUUGUACACUAUCAGGUGAAUUUCAAUUGUCUGUUGAACGUUGUUCUUUAAAUACAGAGCAAUUAUAUCAAAUAUUAAUGGACUCAGUGAAUAUGGCAUUUUGCAAUGAAAACAUCAAAAAACAAUUGUCGCAAAGAAUCAAAGAAUAUUUCAAUAAUUUUGUAUUUGGUGAUUUAAACAAAGAAUGAUACUAACUUUGUAAAAAUUUUUUCUUGUUAGAUUAUGA